AUGACGCUCCGUCGAUGUGACAGUUUGCCCGCAAAACUUAGGGAGGUGCCGAUCUCCAACUGUGAAAUUUCUCAGCCUUUGACGAAUAAAAUAUCCGAUUCCAACACUGACCCAAAUUUCACUGACGCGGUUAUCCGAGACGAAGUUAUCGCCACUUGGAAAUCCCUUCACACCGACAUCAAGAAUAUAAAGAAUGGCUUUCCUACAAAGAAUGAGCCCUCAAACUAUGGUUUGGAUAAAAGGAACUCCAUUACACACAAAUUUAGUCCAAAAUUCGCACGCAACAAUAGAGAAAGGCAAAAGAAAAUCACUUAUCAUAAUAGGCACAUCGCGGUCGGCGCCCAAGACGCCGAUCGGAGCUCGUCAUUUCCUCUGGACACGGGCCAGAGGUGUUCAAUUGAUAAUAAAAAGAAUAAUUCGGCACGACGAAAGACCUUACUGGAACGCCUACUUUCUUGGAGAACUCCAGAAUGUGACUGUCAUAUUAAAUAUCCUAAUAUUCAUCCAGCGCCUAAGACAACAGCUGAAGAUGUGUGUACGUGUGGCGUUUUGCAAACCAAUAAAGUGAACAAUCAGAGUAAAUAUGCCGAACGAGGACGCUCUAAAAGUGUAGGGUACGAGGCAGCGCGUGAAGUGACUCAAUUCCGCCGGUGCGCUAGCGCAGGCGCCACGGUGGGUGCGGAGACGGCAGCCGCACUGCGAGCCCGCGCCGCUCUUACUUUAGCACGGCGAUACUACCCCGAAGGAGGAUGGGGAUGGACCAUUACAAUCGUGGGCACAAUAGUUCAGAUUAUAUCGCAUGGUUUACAACUUGGCGGCGGCACCGGUGCGAUAGCGUGUACAGCCUCAGUGAAAUAUCAUGUACAGCCGCUCUACACUUACGUGAUUAGAGAACAACAACGGCAAAGACAUAGAGUAGGAGAGAACUAUUUACUC